UUGAAGCGUUUGCAUCGCAUCACAUUGCAAUUCCACCCUACUUAAAGAUGUCUACAACGACACUGGCAGAAUUUGACUGGAUCAAUGAGGAACUCUUUGAGGGAUUAAUUAAAAAGCGUUAUUCCAACUUUCACUCGAUAGAACAAUUUAUAAUCGACUGGGCCGUCGGUUGGCGAGAGAACUUUGGAUCCUUUGUAUUUCGCAUAGAAAUAGAAAUUCAAAUGAAAGAUAAGAAAAAGGAAAAAGCAAGUUACAUAUUAAAGAUUCCUUUUGAGAGCGAUCGUGGCGAUGAGCAUGAGCUUCACGACCACUUUGUUUCCGAAUCGGAUAUGUAUGAUCGUCUGGUGCCCGAAUUGGAGAGUAUCUAUGCUAAAAAUACUUCACUCUUUGUAAAAUUUAAGCCACAGCAUUUUAAAUUUACGGACAGUGAAAUUAUGCCAAAAUGCGAUUACCUACUAAUGGAGGAUCUAGUUGCAAAAGGAUAUAAGAACAUGGAUCGUACUGUGGGAUUGGAUCAAAGGCAAAUGGAGGCGGUUUUAAAAAAAUUGGCCCAAUGGCAUGCAGCGUCAGCUGUAAGAGUUAACCAAAUCGGUCAUUACGAAGAGAAAUAUCAAAGUAAAGUCAUCGAUUCCAUUGAUUUCACAAUUCAAAGUCGUUUAGGAAACUUUUUGGAGUGCAUGCAGCAGGCCUACGAAUUGGAACCCGAAAAACAAACAUUGGUAAAGAAAUAUGUUUCUCGUCUUCACGAUCUAUUUAUGGACGUAGGCCGCAUAAAACCGGAUGAGUUUAAUGUACUCAAUCAUGGCGAUUUUUGGUGUAAUAAUUUCAUGUUCAAGGUCGAAGUGGAAUCAAACGAAAUAUUAGACGUGUGCUUUGUGGACUUUCAGCUACCAAUAUAUGGAACACCUGCUCAAGAUUUGUUAUGUUUGCUGAUGACGUCACCGCAGCUUGGUAUAAAACUAAGUAAAUUUGAUUACUUUGUGGAGUUUUACCAUCAAGAACUUACCAAACAUCUGGUUUUACUUCAUUACAAUCUCAUUGCUCCAACAUUACAGCAAUUGCAAGAGAAUCUCUUUCGAAACAGUGUCUUGGCAUUUGUAGGCGUUCAACAUUAUCUUCCCAAUGUUUUGUGGCCGCGUGAUUUUGAUUCGGAUAUCGAUAGCUCAGGGGAUGAAUCCGAACAUAAUAUAAAGAUCGGGAGGCAUGGCUAUCUAUUUCCUGUGUAUGUUGAACAUGCAAAAUUGAUAUUGCCUUGGCUGAUUGCAAGAUCCUACAUACGAUAAAAAGCAUUACACAGAAAUUAAAUGCCUUGACACUUGUAGAAAAAAUUGUCGCAACUCUUUUUUUUACAAUAAACUUGUAAUUCAUAUUUAGACAUAUUAAAAUAAAUUUUUCUGGUUAUAACAGGAUAUAAGGAUGGA